AAUUGUGAUCUCAGAAACCCAAAACAUGGCACUGGCAACGUCUCCGAUCGCUGAUUGGGUUCCCGUUCUCGCAAUGCAAACCUUUCACGACAGGGGACUCGCAAGUGCGGGGCACAGCAGACACCAAGGUGAGGUAUUAUUUGAUAGCAUCAGUAAUGGCUUGAAUUAGUGUCUUUGGGCGCAUUACCGACAGCAAAAGCGUCUCCAGCGAGACCAGUGAGCGUUUCAACAAUUGGUAGCCCCCUGAACGAACCCAACAAGUGGGAGUUCAACAGUUGUCAGCACAGGGGUAGUGAAGGAUGGUCCCGCACGACAUCCACCGAGACUCAGGCUAAAAUCCAAAGCUUCCUCGGUGCCCCGCGACCUUGCUGGGACUUCUCCGUUCCUCCUUUUAUCUCAGCAUGUGGAUGCAUUGAUUCUACAUCCAUAUCUGACAAUGCGUGGCCAUCGACCUCAAGCUCUUACGGUUUCUCUUAGAGGAUUGCUCCAGGAGAGCAAACCUCAACAUGUUUUGCGAAGAUAUGGCACCGUUUCGUCCGUUUCUGCCCAAUCUGCUGCCCCGCCAUCCAUCUUCAGCAAUGCUUUGGAUGCAAACGCGCCGAGACACAAUUGGACCAGGGAAGAAAUCAAGGAGAUCUACGAUACUCCAUUGAUGAACCUUGCUUUUGCUGCAGGCACUGUUCAUAGGAAGUUUCACAAUCCUGCAUCGAUCCAGAUGUGCACGUUGAUGAAUAUCAAGACUGGAGGCUGCAGUGAAGACUGCUCAUACUGUGCCCAAUCGUCACGAUACCAAACUGGCCUCAAAGCCACCAAAAUGGUCACAGUUGACUCGGUUCUCUCUGCGGCGCGAAUUGCAAAGGAUAAUGGCAGUACAAGAUUCUGCAUGGGUGCCGCGUGGAGAGAUAUGCGAGGACGAAAGACAAACCUGAGAAAUAUCAAGGAGAUGGUCAAUGGUGUACGAGAAAUGGGCAUGGAAGUCUGCGUAACACUCGGCAUGAUCGAUCUCGAGCAAGCCAAGGAAUUAAAAGACGCCGGACUUACAGCAUACAAUCACAACGUCGACACAUCUCGAGAACACUACCCUUCAGUCAUCUCUACACGAACAUACGAUGAGCGAUUACAGACAAUUGCCAAUGUCCGAGAAGCAGGACUGAACGUCUGCACUGGAGGUAUCCUUGGACUUGGGGAGAAACCAAGUGAUCAUAUUGGUCUGAUCCAUACCGUUGCAACUCUACCUUCACACCCAGAAAGUUUCCCAGUCAAUACUCUGGUACCGAUCAAAGGUACACCCAUGGGAGACAACGCACCUUCACCGUUCGACGCAACAUUAAGGACAAUUGCAACAGCGAGAAUGGUCAUGCCAAGAACUAUCAUUCGUCUAGCUGCUGGUAGAACAACACUUUCGGAGGAACAACAAGUCCUCUGCUUCAUGGCUGGUGCCAAUGCUGUCUUUACUGGAGAGAAGAUGUUGACUACUGCUUGCAAUGGUUGGGAUGAAGAUAGAGUUAUUUUUGAGAAGUGGGGCCUGAGACCCAUGGAGAGCUUUGAGGUUGAGGCUUUGAGAGAAUUGGUUUCUUCGUCGGCGCCACCGCCUAUUGAGGAGAAGCCAGUUACUACUGCCGCUGCGUAAUUUCGAUGAUAAAAAAUAAGCAAUCGUUAUGUAGAUACUUUUGUAUGAUGCUUAAUGUUGCGAGAACAUCGACCUCGCUUGUUCUGCUCUUGGCCAAAAACACUCAUGAUAUGGC